AUGCGGAAAGGCAUUGCAGGUAUUUCGGCCGUGAAGAACUUGACUGAAGCUGGAUUCGAUGUGACUGGAUUCGAAGCUUCUGAUGCAAUUGGCGGCCUCUGGCACUAUACCGAGGAUGCGAGGACAAGCUGCUUAUAUAAUACAAGAGCGCUAGGUCGGAGGGAUACGUUCGGCUUUUCCGACUUUCCCUAUGCCGGUAGGUUCCUAGGUGCAUCUAAUGAGCCGCUCUACCCAACGGAAAUCCAGGCAUUUCUGGAGUCAUAUGCUGAGCAUUUUGACAUUGUUCACCGAUUUCGACUCAAUACAAAAGUGACAACCUUGCCAUACGGUAAGGCAAACGAUGUAUGCUUUCCCCCUCUCCGCGAGCAGCGGAAAGCGGCGAAAAGGCCACCCUUUGAACAAAGCCGAAUGCUCCACAAAGCUUUUAUCCAAAUACAAGACGAAGCAUUCGAUCUACAGCCAGAGUGGGGUCUUGAUAACGCUCCUGCAAUGCCUCAUAAGCUACCAAUCAUUGGAGACGAAUUCUACGAUCUUCUCGUAUCCGGGGCUGUUACCUUGGUUGCCGGGGUACAAAGGGUUCUUGAGUCCCAUGUAGAACUCACAGACGGGAACAAACUGAAAGUCGAUGUCAUAAUAUUUGCAAUUGGCUACAACAAGUCUUUUUCACUGUUGGGUCCCUACGAUCCCUCUAGACAUAUGCCCCAGGCAUGGAAAGACGCUCGUGGUUCUAUGGGACGACCUCUCCCAAGGCUUUAUCAGGGCAUCUUUUCGUUGGAUUUCCCAGACUCUCUCGCCUACUCGGAAAAUGUAGGUCCCACUUUGUCUGCUUCGAUCAAUGCGGAUCUGGCAUCGAUGGCCCUGGCCCAGGUGUGGCUCGGAACCUCAAGGUUGCCGUCCGCUGGUGAGAUGACGAAGAGUGCAGACAAACAAAAUCAGAUGGCGAUAUCCCUGGCGAAGGACGGCGAGAUUUUCGACCCUGCCUUUGUGGAUAGAGCGGAAUGGAAUAUAUGGGCUGAUAGGGCGGCAGGUUUGGGUAUUCAGGACAGAAUUGGCAACGCAACCAUGCCUCUUCUCAGAAGCUACUUUACUACCAAACCAGCACUUCAGGAAAAGGAUUUGACCGAUUUGAAAGGAAGAGUCUUUAUCAUCACUGGAGGUACUGGAGGCAUAGGUCUUGAGUUGGCCAAGAUCUUAUAUCACGCCAAUGCGAGCCGAAUAUAUAUUCUUUCAAGAUCUGCACAGUCAGGAGACACGGCGAUUGGGCUGAUCAAGACAUCGGAGCCUCCCCCUGGAAUGAAGCAACGUUCUGCCAAAGAUGAAGAUAUCGUUCGAUUCAUUGCUCUCGAUCUCGGAGAUUUCUCCAGUAUUAAAGCAGCAGCUGAGUCCUUUCUAAAGCUUGAAACACGCCUUGAUAUUGUAUGGCACAAUGCAGCCGUUAUGCUUGCACCGGAAGGCAGCGUUAGCAAGCAGGGCCACGAGUUGACCUUUGCAACCAAUGUUUUCGGCCCCUUUUUAUUCCAGCAUUUUCUGACCCCAAUCAUGCUCCAAACAUCACAAAAUUCUGCUACAGCAAAGGGAUCUGUUAGAGUUUGCUGGGCCGCGUCUGGUGAUGGCGUAGUACCGCCAGGAGAAGAUGGUAUCUUGUGGGAUGACUGGAAGCUGAGCUCUCCUGAAUUUGGGGGCUUCAAAGGUCGUACUAUGAGAUACAUGCAGAGCAAGGCUGGAAACGCAAUACUUGCAGCCGAGAUGGCAAAGCUCCAUCCAGACAUCACCAGCUGCGCAUUUAAUCCAGGGGCUAUCAAGACGGAUAUUGCCCGACACGCACCAUGGUUCUUACAAGCUGUCCACAAUUUAAUGUCUCAUCCGGUACGAUUUGGCGCCUUAACGGAGCUUUACGCUGGAUUCUCAGACGAAGUUACCAAGAGAAAUGGAGGCUUUGUAGUUCCAUUUGGCCAAAUCGGUACAACCGUCGCAAAGGUCGAGGCUGGAAUCGCGGAGAGAAAUACUGGUAAGCGACUUUGGGAUCUUUGUGAUGAAUAUGUUCGAGAUUAUUACUAG